AUGGUGGCGCAUCUAAGUCACUGCCUCCUCUCCUAUAUAAAGUGGCUGAAUUCCACCCCAACUGAUAACAGAGUUACUACACCAACUAUUUCUCAAAAUAUGAUUUCUGUGGCCUUUAAGGAUGCGGCUAUGCCCAGCACCACCUCCAAGGUGCUUUUGUGUCUUCUUGCCCUCUUCAUUCCGCCAUUACCCAUCUAUCUUAUGACCUUUCCAAAGAGUAAGGUCAACACCAGGGAGUUCUGGAUCUCGCUCAUUUUUACCGUGCUUUUAUUCGGUGUGGGCGCUUUGUACACCAUCUAUUUUAUUUUGGUGAUGUUUCCUGAUGCUCGUCUUACGCACUCGUACUAUAAUGCAUCAGACGUUGAAAACCAGGAGGAGGAGAAUGGCGACAGUCGUAACUGCCAAUGUAACGAGGCCACUCCAGUUUCUCCCUCAACCGCCACUCCUCAAUUUUCUGAAGAUGCUGCCCAUGAGGAAGCUGAGCCUUUGCUUCCCGCGUACAACGAAAUCGCUCCUAAUUCGACUCAGUACAAGGCUGACUCUAAGAGUAGCGACAACAAGGUACAACGCUAG